AUGGGGCAUCCACAGCCUCCUUGGGCAACCUGUUCCAGUGCGUCACCACCCUCUAUCUGCUUACAGAACCUGGAUGAGGAGAAGCAGCUGCUCUAUGACUUCCCCUGGACCAACGUGGGCAAACUGGUGUUUGUGGGCAAGAAGUUUGAGAUCCUUCCUGACGGGCUGCCCUCAGCCAGGAAGCUCAUCUACUACACGGGCUGCCCACUGCGCUCCCGACACCUCCUGCAGCUGCUGAGCAGCAGCCACCGGCUGUACAUGAACCUGCAGCCCGUGCUGCGACAGGUCCGCAGGCUGGAGGAGAAUGAGGAGAAGAAGCAGUACCGUGAGUCGUACAUCAGCGACACGCUGGACCUGGACAUGGAUCAGCUGGAGAAGCGCUCGCGGGCCAGUGGGAGCAGCGCCGGCAGCAUCCGGCACAAGCGCCUGUCCCGGCACUCCACCACCAGCCACAGCAGCUCCCACACCUCGGGCAUUGAGGCUGACCCCAAACCCCGGGAUAUGGGACCUGAGGAUGCUGGUGUCCACCGCAAGCUGAAGACCUGCAGCUCCAUGACCAGCCACGGCAGCUCCCACACCUCCGGCGUGGAGAGUGGGGGCAAGGACAGGCUGGAGGAGGAUCUGCAGGAUGACGAGAUUGAGAUGCUGGUGGAUGACCCUCGGGAGCUGGAGAGAGCGGGCGAGCUGGCACUGGAGGUGAGCCCCGACAUGUGUGUGUACAUCACCGAGGACAUGCUGCUGUCACGCAAGUUCAACGGGCACUCAGGGCUGAUCGUAAAGGAGCUCAGCUCCUCCACCUCCAGCUCCUCAGAGACGGUGGUGAAGCUCCGUGGGCAGAGCACCGACUCCUUACCCCAGACGGCGUGCAGGAAACCCAAAACGUCGACGGAUCGGCACAGCCUGAGCCUGGACGACAUCCGGCUCUACCAGAAGGACUUCCUGCAGCUGGCAGACCUGUGCCAGGACACGGCGCAGAGCUUCACCUUCGGCUGCAGCCACGGCCUGGGCGACGACGGCCUCUACUGCAACGGCUGCCUGGCCCGGCAGUGCCUCAACAUCCAGGAGGGUUUCCCCGCCAAACGGACCAGCAAAUACUUCUCACUGGACCUCACCCACGAUGAAGUCCCUGAGUUCGUCGUCUGAAGGCGCUGGGGACAGCACUGGCUGCUGCCCAGGGGGGUCCGGGCCCCACCGAGCCCCAGUGUGGUCUACCCCAACCCUCCCCACCAUGGGGACGGCUGAGCUCAGAGCAGGGCUGGGGGAUGGGGAUGGGUUCCUCAGCAUCCUUCCGCCUCUGGAAGUUGAUGUGUGUGCGUGAAUCUCAUUUCACCUCGGAGAAGCUCAAGGCGCUCAUCCAGCCAAAGCCAACCCCUGGUUUCCCAGUGGCAAAAUGGGGAUUCUCCCCCACCCCGACCCCUGUCCUUGGCAUUGCCUGCUGGGAAGGAAAGGCCAGACUGCUGCGUCCAAGUCAAGCCAAAGAGAUGUAAAUACCCCAAAGGCCAGUAAUGGGAAGUGAGAAUUAAGCAAUAAGCACCAGGGCUGUCUGUGCAUGGGGGAGCAGCGCUGGAGCCCGGCUCUGAGCAGUGCUGCUCGGGGGCUUCGUGGAGCUUUGUUGUACAAAAACACAUCCAGAAACCAAAAAUAGCACAAAAAGGCAAAGGAGAGCGGAGAACGUCGUCUGUAACAGUGCCACAAUAGUGCUUCCCGAUACGUAGGAGUCACAUAUAUAAAUAUAUCCAAGUACGUAUGUUUAUAUAUGCCUGGAUCUUAUAGACCCAUUUUCAUUCUAUCCCCAACCACCUUUUAUGCAAAGGAUACGCCUCUCUCCGACGAAGCAUACGGACAAUCAUUUGUAUUCCAAAGCACCCAGGGGAGAAAACGGACCUUCCUAUUGAGGACAACGUGGUGUGCAGCUGCAUUGGGAGCCCUCAGUGCAUCCUUCAGCCCUUAUGGAUCCAAGAGCUCUGCUGGGUGACGGUGCUGCUGUGUGCCCAGGAGGUGUAAGGCCGCCGGUACCAGGGGGUGCAAUGUGAUGUGCACAGCACAAUGCCUUCUUCAUUGCUAUUUUUAAUAAGAGUUUAGCCAUCGACAGCCAAAGUUUUACCCUAUUUUGAUAUACCACCUUUUUUUCUUUCUUUUUUUUUUUUUUUUUUUUUUAAACUGGAAAGUUUUCUUAUAUAUAUAUAUAUAUAAAAUAUAUAUAUUGUUUUAUAAAUAAGCACAACCUUAUUUUUCUAAGAGACGUUGUUGGGGACGGGGGGCGAUCGGUGCCCAAAUAAAGCAGAGCAGAGCUGCGUUCAGCAGCACGGUGAUGCUGUGUGUGAUCAGAGGAGGCCCAUGGAGGUCCCUUCCGACCCAAAGCCCUUCUGUGGUUCUGUGAUCCAAAGGAAUCUCCCACUCUGGUUUUGGGGCCUUAUGGGCAGGGCACGGCUCUGACACCGCAUCCCAGGGUGGGAUGGGGUGGGCAGGAGGAUCCUCUGUGCUCAUACCCAGCCUCUGCAGGGGCAUAAAUGUAUAACUGAUGGCUCAGCACUGCUCAGCGGUGCUGGCAGAUCCCCCAGCCCCAACACCAGGCUGCAGGAUACAGAGAUGCUGUUCAUGCUGCACAUGCCUGGGAUGGGACGGGGGUUGGUGGCCUUUGGUACCGCUGGUCCUUCAGCAAUAAGGAGCCUUGUUGUCUGUGCAGACUGAAUCGUCCUUUCUGUGAAAGGAUCUUCCUAUGGGAGGGCGAGUGGCCGUGUUGCAAAAUGAAAAGCCAAAAAUUGCAGCUGAAUGCAUAGGGAAUCUUGGAGCGACGUGGUUUUGAAGCAGUGACCUUUGCUGUGUGCCUUGGGACAAUAAAGUGACCGCUGUUUGCA